AUGUCAAAACGAAGACUAAAAACAAUUUUAGACUUAUCAUGUGGAAAUAGUGGGAAAACAAAUACAAAUUUGGAGAAAAACAUAAAACAUGGAAAUCAAACAUUCAAAGAUUUUUUAUCUGCUGCAGAGUUUGUGUUUGAAGAUUUUGAAACAGACCUGGUCAAUUUGGGUAAUGUAGAUGUUGUAAAAAAUGAUGUCAAUAUGCUGUUACAAACAGAAAAUAUUUUUGAUCCUGAUAAUACUCAAUAUUGUGUAGAAAAUGAAUCAAAUGAUGAUAUGAUAUUUUAUGAUGACUUACAAUAUAAUGUUGAGUGUGAAACAAAUAAUAUAGUUGACAAUAGUUUAGAACUUAAUUUAAUAAACAAUAAAUUGGUUGUUUGUAAUGAAAACUCACAUAAUAAAUCAUUAGAUGUUGAAACUUUUAAAUUAAAUGACUUAAAUUUCAUUGUUGAAGAUAAUGAAGAAAAUAAUGUAUUAAACUGCAAAAAGCGGCAUAGUAUAGUACCUCAGCCUGAUAAGUGGAAAAGGGAAACUACAAAACGUUUGAGAAUGAAUGGUGAAGAAUAUAUUGGGUAUGAGAGAAAAAAGUCAGUAGUAAGUCAUAAUGUUAUAAGACCGCCAAGAAAUAUUAAACCAACAUGUAUGUCUCAGUAUUGUCAAAAUGCAAAAAAUAGAUUUUGUAACACUUUUGACGAAACUCAAAGAUUAGAAAUUUUUUUAACAUUUUGGAAAGCCACUUGGGAAGAAAAAAAAACUUUAGCGUGUAGUUUGGUUAACAAAAUAAAAAAAAACGAUCUACUAAAGGCAACAGUGAUGAUAGUAGACAACGUGUGA